AUGCCGAAGUUCCAUGUGGACGCCUAUCUCUCGCACCUCCGUUCCAGAGACGACGGCGAAGUAGUGGUUCUCAACCCCGUGUACGCAAGCAAACUCUACGCGAUUCUGCGCGCGACCAGUCCGCGAACAAUCCUAAACUUCCUCGGCGUCCGGAUGGUAGCGCUCGUAGCCCCGCUGCUUCCGCAGGAGUCUAUUCCGCGGGACCUCCUACGCGUGGGCUACCCGAGUUUUCAGCAUGGCCUGAAUCCGAGGACCCAGAGCUGCUUCCACCUGGUAGAGCGUAUGUUUCCGCAUGGCGUCCGGUGGAUACUGCGCGACAUCCUGGCCAGGACCACCGACCUUGACCGCCAGUGGGCCGCGACGACCAAGAGCAUCGUCUCGUCGCUGGCGCACACCUUCCGAGGGGGGACCACCUGGAUGCAGAGCGUAGACGCCGCGAACGCCAUCAAGCGUCUCAAGUCUCUGCAAGUAGGCUACCUGGCUGGCCAAGAGCGCGAGGAAGAAGUCGAACACUACUACGCAACGGUGAAGGCCACGGACUCCGGUCCCGACAACCCUGUGCUCUACUACAGCGAGCUCCUAACCAAGAGCUUGCAGAAGUACUGGAUGUCAAGCGCCGACGGGGCGAACUACGACGCCCGCUUCAGUGAGCGCUUCACUAAUCUCGACGUGUCUUGGACGCGGUCGCCGGAGUCGGCGCUGAGGGUGUACCUGACUUCGAGCACAGUGGCCGCCGCGUCGCUGGUGACGCGGUCCAGCUACCCUUCCCCGCUGUUUUCCUUGCUCGCCGCCGACGUGACCCGGGCGUUGUUCCUGGCAUCCCUGGACGACCCACAGUGGUCCAGCUGGACUCGGGAUCGCUUCCAGGCGCUCCAGUACUGCCUGCUAAGGCGCUACAAGCACGGCGUCCGCCAGGACAACGUCUCCGCAGCCAACGUGCGCGACUUCCUCGCCGACAUUCUGGCUGACAAUGCCGCGCUGAAGCCGCUGAUGGCGGCCUUCAGGCGCUUUUCGCACGGCGCCUUAUUCGUGCCCGGUCGCAGGUCUGCCGGCCUUACUGUCGGAAGACUGUUCUUCAUAAACUACGCAGCGGGUUUUUGCGCUCCGAAAGCAGAGCAGGAGCAGGUGCGGGAGCGCCUGCGCUACCGACUAGGCCUACCGCCGCGGACUCGCGUCAACCUCGCACUCCUGGACCUGAAAGAGUUCCGGGACGCCUUCAACUGCCCGCACCAGUUGGGUGCGUCGCGCUGUCCCGUCUGGAACCGGGACGGCAGAGACGGCCUCUCGGAGACCGAUGCUGACUAG